AACCGCGACGUGGAGGCGCAAGUGGAAGUGUAUGUCAAUAAAGAAUAACACUAAGCAGCGUAAGAGCAUCUAUAAAGGCGAAUUACAGACAAAUUUGCGUUAGCUAUGAAUUAUAAAGAAGGAUAAAGUCUCUGACUUCAGCCUCUUGCGUACCGCUCCCUUCCCAGUACCGUGUUGGAAUGGCAGGCAGGAAUGUGCCGUAAGGAAACCCGAUAUAUAUUCGGAAUGCCUGAUGGUGGCAUGCAAGCACAUACCAGAUCGGUCACUUAUCGGUCACUUAGUCAUGGCUCUAAAGUGUCGCUCGGAAUUAAAAGAAGAUCCCGACUUAUACGAAACCAACUUCUGAGCCGUUGCAGCAUACAGAGCCAUUACUUUUGUCUUAAUUUUAUAGAUUUGUAUUUGUUGGAUUUCUUUAAUUAAUCUUUUUUUUUUUUUUUUUAAUCCAUGGUUAAUUGAUACCAUUAACAUAAGAUUCCUGGAUUUCAGGAAAUGUAAAUUAUAUUGGUGUUUAUGAAAUUGCGAUGACUUCGCCAACUAUGCGAUUUGAAUCUGAUCGACGUACAUUAGUUAGCCGACUUGUAUGUAAAUGUACGCAAACUCGGGAGCUCUCGUAAGACGCUGGCAGGAACAUUCGUGGAAUACGUAUCAAAUUUCUUGUGUAAACGCUCCCAAUCGAUUCAUUCGUAUCCAGCUUGAUAAAUGAGGCCCAUUGUGUGUGUGUGUGUUUGUGUGUGUGUGGUAGCGUCUACCAAAGUACUUCUUUCCAUUAGGUAUGGAUCUCCCUGGCACAACCCUGCUAAUUAUUUUAUAAGUACACCUCAGUUAGGAAUCUUCAGUUAAAUCAAUUCCUGCGAAACCAUCCAAUUAUCUGGACAUACCUCAUACCGUGCUCUUCACACCCGGCAUGUGAUGUGAUGUGAAGUGAAGUGAGUGGAGAGACUUGGAGAGGAAGCGGUUACAGCAGCAGGUUGGUAUGAGGGUGUGGAAAGGGUGCUGGCUGAACUCCAGACUCACCUGUCCUCAUGGCCACACCUAAAGGAAUGCGGCAGGUAGCGUGGCAAACGGCCAUCAGCAUAACGGCAGCCGAGCAUGUGAAGGGAAGAGUGCGGUUAUCUGGGGCACGGAGCGAAGCCCAGGACUCGCUCCUGUCCGUUAAGUGAAGGAUUUGAGGAUCUAAGGCACAGAGGAAUACUGACUAUUCAUUGGCUGGGCGUUCGGGAGCUCGCGGGAUCGCCUGUGCAUUUUGGAGCACCUUGAAGAGCUUGUGGUGAGCAGCGGGCCGGGCCAGAAUCGGCGCCAUGAGCGGCCAGUAGUGAACCGGGACGCCAGCUUCGACAGCCACACAGCUCUUUUGACUGUCAUCAUCUUCAUCACUGCCAUCUCUAUCAUAGUUCUGAGGAGGGAGAGCCAGUGAGGGCACGGGAGGGGGAAUGAAAACUUGUGGGAAGAGCAACAGGAAAUGGAAGUUACAAUGUUUCGGAAAAAAGCUUCGUCCUCCUUGAGAAUGCGGAGAAUAUCAGAAAGGGGCGUGGACCGCGGCCGGAGCUCCUCCUUCCAUGAGGUGGGUGGCUUGCGAGAGCUGGAAAUGAGGGGGGCAGCCUCCGUUUCCGAAGAAACCUCGAGCGCCGGUGCGAGCGGCGGAGGCCACACCGUCCUCCAGCGACUCUUGCAGGAGCAGAUGCGCUAUGGCGAAGGCAGAAACUACCUCGCCUUGCAGCAGCAGCAACAGCAGCAGCAGCUGCAGCAGCAGCAACAGUCACAGCCGCAGCAGCAGCAACAACAGCAGCUCCUGGGCCCAGGAGACGAGCACUCCAUGGUCCCACACAUUGCCCGACAGGAGCCACAGGGCCAAGAGCUGCAGGCAGACAGUGGCAUGGAGAAGCAGCUGAACCCCCGAGGCGCAGGUGGUGGAGGAGGCAGCGGAGGAGCCGGAUCCCAAGGACAGAACCCUGAGGACUUGCCUUCGUACGAGGAAGCCAAGGUGCAGUCACAGUACUUCCGUGGCCACCAGCCACAGCCACAGCUUGGCCCGACGGUGGGCGCUGCAUUCUACGUCACCGGCGUUACCAACGCAAAGGUACGUCCUCCGGAGGGCCGCCCCGCGGUACAGCGGCUCGGUGCGGCCAAAGUGCACCAGGAUGAUGGCCUAAAGGACCUCAAGCAGGGUCAUGUGCGCUCGCUCAGUGAGAGGCUUAUGCAGCUUUCUCUGGCCACCAGCGGCGUCAAAGCCCACGCACCCGUCACCAGUGCGCCACUCUCACCCCAGCUGCCUCAACCGGCAGGGGACUACUACAAACCGAUGGGACCUCACCGCGGCCCGCCCCCAGACUAUCCCUAUAAAGGUCUACACUCACCACCCAAACAGCAGCAGCACCACCAUCCACAGCACCAAGAUCCAGGACACUACUAUUCAGACCACCGUGGCUCAGCUCAGCAGUCCAGAACCGACGUCCCUCACGUGCGAUACCAACCACCACCCGAGUAUGGAUCUUUCCGCUCCAAUAAAGAGAGCUCAGGACACUCCCAGAGGCCCGUCCAUCAGCACAGCCCCACAUCCUCGGUCACCUCGGUGGGUUCGCUGUCCCGCGCUCAGUCCUCCACCCUCAGCAGCAUCCUGGCUUCUUCCCAUUCUUCUCCACACAUGGCCCACCAGGUAGAACAGCAAUUCACAAUGGGGCCACGGAGUCCACAGGGGCCGGGCUCGUAUCAGGGCGAGCCAUACGGCCCAGGCCCGGCUCACCCAGCGCCUCAUCAACGGCCCCAUGGCUUCCCUCACGACCCCUAUGGCUCGGCACCCAGGGGCCUCCAUCUGCACCAGCACCAGUUCCAUCUACAGGGGCAGCAGCAGCAGCAGCAGCCUGGCCCAGGGCAGCACUACCCACACCCCCACUCGCUCCAGGGUGACCCCUUUGCCCUGUUGGCACGUGCCCAGCAGAUGGUCGACAUGCUCACCGAGGAGAACCGGCAACUCAAGCAGGAGAUGGAGGUGUGUGGCGAGAAGGUGUCCAAGCUGCAGAAGCUAGAGACCGAGAUCCAGCUGGUGUCCGAGGCCUACGAGAACCUGGCCAAGUCCUCGUCCAAGAGGGAAGCCCUGGAGAAGACCAUGAGGAACAAGCUGGAGCUGGAAGUGCGCAGGUUGCACGACUUCAACAGGGAUUUAAGAGAACGUAUGGAAACAGCCAACAAGCAGCUAGCAGCCAAAGAAUGUGAGGGCACGGAGGACAACCGCAAAACCAUCUCUCAGCUUCUGGUUCAGAACAAAGAGACCCAGCGGGAAAAGGAGAAACUCGAGAUCGAGCUUAACGCGCUGCGCUCCACCAACGAGGACCAGCGGAGGCACAUCGAGAUCCGUGACCAGGCCCUGAACAACGCUCAGGCUAAAGUAGUCAAGCUGGAGGAAGAGCUUAAGAAGAAGCAGGUCUACGUAGAGAAGGUGGAGCGGAUGCAGCAGGCUCUGGCUCAGCUGCAGGCUGCUUGUGAGAAGAGAGAGCAAUUGGAGCACAGAUUACGCACACGGCUGGAGAGAGAGCUGGAGUCACUCAGGAUGCAACAGAGAUCGGGAGGCUCGCAGAACCCCACGGGUCCCGAGUACAGCACGACGGCCCUGAUGGAGCACCUGCGCGAGAAGGAGGAGAGGAUUUUGGCUUUGGAGGCCGACAUGACCAAAUGGGAGCAGAAGUAUUUAGAGGAGAGUGUCAUGAGACAGUUCGCCCUGGACGCCGCAGCAUCUGUUGCCACGCAAAGAGACACUUCAUCGUCUAUGAUCAGCCACUCGCCCAGCAGCAGCUACGACACCUCGGUGGAGGCGCGCAUUCAGAAGGAAGAGGAGGAGAUUCUCAUGGCCAACCGCCGCUGCCUGGACAUGGAGAGCCGCAUCAAGAACCUCCACGCGCAGAUCAUCGAGAAGGACGCCAUGAUUAAGGUUCUGCACCAACGUUCGCGCAAGGACCCGGGCGUCAAAGCCGACGGCCCGUCCGCCAUGCGCCCCUCCAAGUCGCUCAUGUCCAUAGCCACGGGCUCGAGCGGAUUGGGCAGCUCGGGCCUGCUCUCUCACUCGCUGGGGCUCAGCGGGAGCAGCCCGAUUACAGAGGAACGCAAGGAGGACCGCAGCUGGAAGGGCAGUCUGGGCGUGUUACUGGGGCCAGAGUUCAGAGGUGACUCCUUGAGGACCGACUCCAUCUCGUCUUCUCCGUCUCCGGUGCUGCCGUCCACCCCGAUGCCAGCCACUGCCCACUCGAAGACGGGCAGCCGGGACAGCUGUACGCAGACAGACAAGAGUCAGGAGUCGAGCAAACCCAGCACCCCGGCACUGCAGAGCGUAGCAGCCAACAACCGCAUCAGCAGCCCCAGUCCUGUAUAUAUCCCCGACCGUAUCGCAGACGUUCCAGUGUUCCACAGCAAUACUCUGGAGAGGAGAGCGCCAGUGCAGUCUUAUCCUACACAACCACAACCACAGUCACAGCCGCAAAAACAGGAGGAUGUAGAUAACGAGAUGGUGGAAAUACUCAUCUGAACCGUGUAACACACACACACACACACACACACAGCAGGUGAGUGCGCUCUACAUCGCGCGCUCGUGUUAGUACUUUUAGGGACAAUCAUGGUGUAUUGAAAUGCACUACGUUUUUAUGCCUUGUAUAGAAUAAUACGCCGUGUCAGUUACGAGUAACGUUUUGUACAGUAUUCUGUGGUGGCAUUUCGACUCUCGAGUUUAGGACCAAAAUGUAUUGGCAAUUUUUUUAAAAAAAAAUGUUUUUUUUUUGCUUUUAUUGCACUACUUUUCUUUUUCUUUUUUCUUUCUUUAAGCUUUUCGAUAUUAUUUGAAACUCUUAUUAGCUAGAGCACAUAUACCAAUGUUAUCAAUUUUUGGCACUUGAGUUAGUCGUUAUUUGUAAAUACUGUAUCUCGAUACUGUAAGACCACAUGUAAGACAGGAGGCGUGAAUGUGUACGGCUCUGUGAACUUUAAAGGCACUGCCGGAGCGUUGAAGUCGGAGUACUGACCUCACAGAAUUGUGCGGUCUGUGGUUUUGCUGUGUAUGCAAAAAAAAAAAAAAAAAGAAAAGAAAAGAAAAAAAGAAAAGAAAAAAACCCAACUGGUUUUGGGUGUGUGUACGCAUGUGAUGUGAGUCAAUCUGUUGUUUUUUUUUGGGGGUUUUUUUUUUUUUUUUUUUUUUUUGAGGGGGGGUUUGGACCGCGGUUUGGACCAGCAAGUGUCCUUCUUUCCAUUCGAGCUGCGGGAGCGUCACUGUGCACAAACCUCGCCACGCCAUGCCGUGGUGAACACUAGCAGUCAUUUCAUACGUCACGGUCUCCACGUCUCUCCCCAUUUCAGACUUUCUUUUUCUCUUCGACACGAUGGUUACUAUAAUUGACGUUGUCUGUUAUAUGCAGUGUAGUAUGACGUGUAGCGUGUGAGAAAUUCCAGGGAGUUCACAAUAUACAUUUCGCUUUUGACCAAAGGAUAACAGAGAGAAUGCACACCUUGUAUACGUGUCAUAAAAAAAAAGAGGGGUUAACGAAUUAUGUUCCACUGGGCAAAAACAGCUGGAUUGAAAUGGUUGGUCUGCUAAAUUAAGCCAAUUAAUAUGUCAUAUAUGUUUGUUUGUUUUGUUUGUUUGUUUGUUGUUUUUGUUUUGCUCAGUGGGUUCUUGACAUUGUCUUAAAAUCUAUCCUCUAAACAGUUCAUAUCAUUUCUUUUUCUUUUUUUGUUUCCCCCUCCCCUCCAAAUCCAGGAAUGUUCAAAAUUUGGUCAUCAUCAUAUGUCUAUCUCAAGGCACUGAAAAUAUACCGUCAGUGUAUUAUUAUAUUUGUACUUGUUGUAUUAAAUUAAAUGUUAAAAUGACUCCAUGAAAGAGAAAUACCUCUUACUGUCUAUAGUUAUGAGUGUGUGCAUAUCUAUCUAUCUAUAUAUUUUUUUUUGACAAAUCUGGGCUGUGCCUUAAAUUUCCAUGAACAUAAUGCUGCAUUCAUGACCAAGUGAGAAAUGGGAAGUUUCCAACUUCCCAGUUGGGAACGAUCUGUUUGAACGGCUCUCCAACUCGUAAUUCCUACUCGGAAGGUGUUUCGAGAUGAGCUACGAGUUGCGAUUCUGGGACGCCGCUUCGACGUGGCGUUCAUAGUGAAAAGACUUUUUAAUAUUUUGAAAUCUCUAAAUACUGAAAGGGGGAAGAAGAAAAAAAAAAAACACCCCACCCCAAAACAACAGAAACCCUCACACAGAAUUUGUAAUGGUUAUAAUGGAAACUGUAAUGGUCCAUGUGGGACUCUACUGGUCGUUUGUUGCUUUCUAUUGGUGGCAUAUUUAUGUCUAGCGGAUACCAUUAAGGACCUACGUCAUUAAUACGUCCUAUUACGUAACGGAAACCAUUUGGUAAUGGUUUUAAGAGUUAACAGCUGAUGGAUUUUAAUAGUAUUUGUAGUGGAAACCAUUAGAAUUUCUGCUAUGGUUUUAAUUGGGGUUAUAUUUGAUCGUGUUAUUUUUGGAUUAGAUGAGGAGAGGACACAGCCCCGUAACGCAUGUCUGUUCGUCCGAUGUGCGAAGUAGGCGGUUCCGAGUUGGAAAUUUCCCCGAGUUCUCGGUUGUCGUGAAUUCAGCGUGAGCGUGUUCGUCUUAUUACGUUCUAGCCGAACGCACGAUCACCCAGUUGUGAUCAUAUUAAUAUACGACAGUGUGUCGUGAACACAGGUGCCAACGUCGCUCGCAAACAAAAUCCUAGCAGGCGGGGGGGGGGGUGUGUGUGUGUAAACAAACAAAUCUCACAACAUGAGUCACAAAGUAAAUAUUGGCACCUCUGCGUAAACAUCCGUUCAAACUGGAAUUCAUGAGCCAGUGAGAUGACCUCACACUUAAUGCACGUUAUCUGAAUUACAUCCAAAGAAAUCAGUAAUUGGUUGAUCCAAAAAAAAAAAAAAAAAAAGAAAGAGAAAACCCACAAAC